AUGGAUAAUCAAGGACAAAACAAGGAUUCAGAAAUCGGAGAUCUCAAUUCGAAAUCGAAUAACCUUAGUGAUAAUGUAGAAAAUUAUGAAAGAGCCGACAAGGAAUCUUCAAAAAGUAAUGACAAAUCUUCUGAAGUUGGCGCAGAAAUAGACCCAGAAGAAGAAAGUUCACGUUAUGACUUAUGUGAAUCUAUUCCAGGCCUUUAUCGUUUAUUAGACUUAUGCAAAGACAAAGGGUCAAAUGGUCUUGUUGACAAGAUAUUAAUUUCACAACAAGAUUUGAAAAAACUUUGUAAUGAAAUGGUACCAAACAGCUUUAAAUCGAUUUCGAAAAUUCAAUUUGAACAAUUGAAUUCCUGUCAUGUUCAUCUUAUCGGAUGUUAUGGUAGAAAUGACCUUAUUGCAAAACUAUUAUUGAAUAAAAAUGUUAUCGAUCAAGUUAUUUAUGAACAACUUUUGAUACCUUAUGAAAUAAAUACAAUACAAUCUUUGCCAACUUUAAGGCCUGGCAUUUAUCUUCAGAGACUGCCUUCUGUCACUGAAGACAUUAAUUCGAACCCGAACAAAUUUUUGGUCAUACACUGGAGUGAAAUUGGUUGCUAUGAAGAUUCUGCAUCUUAUUAUCGAAAAAAGAAUAUGACUAAUUUACAUAGAAGUCUGAAAAUUUUGGCUUUAUGGAUAAAUUUAAUUAACUUGCCUAAAAAUAAAAAUUAUCAAGAUUCGAUUCUGAGCAUUGCCUCUAGUAAUACAUUAGAACUGGUAGUUGAUAAUACUGAUGAAGAACCGAAAUACGAUGAGAAAUCUUAUGAACUUAUAACUAGACAUGUUUACACAUUUUAUUAUAAAAAAUAUCUUACAAAAAUUACAACACAUCAACUAUGCCUUAUGGAUGAUAGUGAUGUAGAAAAUUUUGAUUGGAGUUUGUUGAAAAAAAAUUUUGAUGACGAAGAUGGAGAAAAUAAAGAAAAUAGAGCAUUUAUUCAUAAGUAUGAAGUCAGAAAAAGCCAAGAAAAAAAGGAAGACUUUGAGCUCUUUAAAGGAUUUAAUCUACCUCUACCAAUGUCAAAUAUACAAAGCUCUUAUACUCCUAAAUAUUUUGAUGGCCCACCUUUGCAUCCAUUAAUUGUUGAAUCUGCAUCAAACCAGAUAUUACUUACUCGAAAAAUGAAAUAUGGUAAAACAACUGCUGAUAAAUAUAGCAAAAGGUCGUUUGACUCUUUGAUCAGUUUUCAAGAACAUUUCAAAAAGCUUAAAAUUCAAAAAUGUGCUCUUUUAAUUGAUCGUAAUAAAAUGACAAUACAAAAACUGCAAAUACUUGUUGAAGAUGGCAUAAAUGUUCCUGAAGAUGGCACAAAUGUUCCUGAAGGUGGCAUAAAAGUUCCUGAUCUAUUUUUGAAUUAUAAUGCAGAGUUAAAAGAACAUGAAGAUCGUAAGGUUGAAAUAGUCAGUAAAGUUUUAGAAAGUACUCUGGAUCGUAUUAAACAAAUGGCAUAUCAGAUAUUGAAGCAGUCAUAUAAUCAUUUUGAACUUUUAAUAAGUGGCCAUGAAAAUGAUGAGAUACAAAUAGAAGAAAGUAAGAGUUUAAUAAGUGAUCAUAAAUUAAAUUAUAAAAUACAUCUAGGAGAAGAUAAAUCUAUUAGCAUUGAUGAAAUAUAUCCUGGUAUAAUUCAAAUUCUUAAAAAUGAAAUAUUCAAUAUUUCUACUAAUAGUUGGAAAUGCCUCAAAACUCGACUUAUUUUUGCAAAACAUUGUGGCUUCAUAAAAGCAUCAACGGUGUUUAAUGAUGAAGAGCAAGAUUUUUCUAAAUUGAUCAAUAAGUAUAAAAACAAUUGCAAUUUAUUUAGUAUUUUACCAGGUAAAACAGUCGAUAAAAUAAAUGAUAAGGCUAAAAAAAUUUAUGAUAAGGCUGAAAAAAUUCCCGAUAAUGAAUUUGUAAAACAAAUUUCUGACAUAAAUGACGAAGCUGUUACAAAAAAGUUUUUAAAUGCAUACCUAGAAUGGAAAGAACUGAAUUUUGUUCAAAAAGUAAAUCGAAUUGUUCAAGAUAUCAGAGAAAAAGUUGAAAAAAAUUUGGAAGUAAAAAGUGAUGAAAUUUAUUUUAAGGGAAAAUUAAAAGAAAUUGAAGAGUAUUUUUUUCAAUCAAUCUGUAAAAAAAUUGAGGCAAAAUAUCCAACAAAUGAUCUAACGGAAGACCGUUUAACUAUUUUAAAUCUAGAAAUAGACGAGUAUAAGAAAAAAUAUUACCUAGACUGUGAAAUUUCUGAAAAACUAUGUUUUAGUAUUUAUAAUGUUAAUCUUAACCAGUCUGAUAUUGAAGAGAUGGAUAAGAAUGAAUUUUUUAUCCCAAAACCAAUAAUAUCCAAUAAUAACGUCUCUUUUAAUAUUGAUCCAGAGAUUUACGAGUUCAACAUUAAUAGCAUUAAUCGUCUACAAAGUAACUUAGAUUCACAAACUACACAAAAGAAACUAUCAAUUGGAAGAAAUUUUAUGGUUGCAAUCAAUGAACCAAAACACAUGAUUGCAAUUUAUGAUAACGAUAAAGGAUUGCUUAAUACAUAUAGAUUAGAUGAUGAACAAAAUAAUAUUCAUUUGCAAUACCGAAACAUCCAAAUUAGUCAAUGGUACAAUUUAAAUAUUCCACAAAUAGCUCAUAUGUUUUUCAUAAAAAGUACUGAAGAUGUUUGUUUUGUGGAAAAAAAUGGAUCAGCUCGAAUCUAUAAUGGAGCUUGCUUUGUUGCAUUUGUAAAAGAAAAAUCCUUUGUUAAAACAUCUGAAGUCGAUGAUAAAUUAAUAGAGAUGAAAUCUAAGGAUAUGUGCACAAAAAUGCAAGUUGAAAAUUCUUAUGAUAUUAAACCUAAAUUAUUAAGUACCAAUGAUACAAUCGAAUUAUCAAAUAUCGACAUUGAAACUAAAAAUAAUGAAGAAACUGCAUUUAUUUCUCAAAAAAAUUUAGAUAGUUCAACAGAGCCUGGAAUACAAAAGUUUAAAAGCAUAUAUAAAGAAAAUGAGACUAUCUCUGAGAAUAUGUACACGAAAAUGCAGGCAGAAAAUAGUUUUGAUAUUAAUGAUGAAGCUAAUGAAGCUAAAUCAUCAAGUAUCGAUAAUACAACUAAAAAUAAUAAGGAACUUGCGACUAUUUCUCAAGAAAGUGUAGAUAAUUUAACAGAAUCUAAAUUACAGCAGAAUACUAUGGUUCAAUCUAAAAUAAAUAACUCUCAAGUUUUAAAUAUAGACAUUGUUCAUGGAUACGUAUUUUUUUUGGAAAAGUUUAGUAAAAAUGCAAACAAAGUGAUCGAAGUUCCAUUUGAUUCCUCAACCAUAGAGUUUUUUCAAUUUUGUUCGCUUGCAAAUAAACAAACUCAUCUAAUAACAAUUGACUUACAUAAUAAUAAUUUUCAAUCUUUGAUGGUUAAAGUUACACAAAUGAAGGCUAAAUAUCGGUUUGAAAGAAAGACAGUAAAAAAAUCUUUGGGUAAAGUAAAGAUAGAACGUAACGAUCCAUUUACAGUCCUUGGCCAAAACACAAAGUUCACCAUUGAUUUUCAUGUGGGUGAUCUUUUAGUCAUUGGUAAUGAAAAAUUUCAAAUUAUGAAAAUUGUUAACGAUUGUGAAUUGAAGAUAAUCAAUCAACAGAAACUUAAUUUUGAAGAAUGGCAACAAUUUAAUAUUGAACCAAGAACAAAAGUAAAUGGGUUACUUGAUGUAUAUUCUAUGGUUUUUACAAAAUAUGCAAUCACAAACCCAUUUAGUAAAAAAGAUGAACUAUUAAAAUUAACAAUAGUCUUAGAAUUAAGCAGUAAAUUAAAUAUAGACAAUUAUAAGACCAAGUUUCAAACAUAUUUUCGUAAAUUAUUUAAAAAAUACAAGAAAGAAACAAAAAAACCUAUGGGCCAUCUUGAAAAAUUUGGUGUAAAUUGUAUUAUUUUUGAAAGCUUUGACAACCUCGUAAGUGAAUUUACAGAACAUAAAUUUGGAGACUGGAUUAUUGAUUUUUUCUGUCUUAUUCCUAUCCAAAUUGCUGUUGCGCACGACAAUGAAUUUAUUCCAAUUCGAGACGGAUUCUUAGAAAAAGCUGAACAAAAUGUGUUUGAUGAUGGGUUUGGAUUAAUUGGAAAUAUAUCGAAAGCCAUUUCAUUUGGAUGGUAUGAGUCUAUAUUUGAAUAUUAUGCUGAUUUAGAAGUAAAAGUAAUUUCAUCUAUGGGAGAGCAAUCUAGUGAAUUAUCAAACUUAUAUAAUUCUAAUAUCUUUCCAAAUCUAGGCAAAAGUUAUCUACUAAAUCAUUGUCUUGGUUCAACUUUCGAUGGAUCCGCUAUGCGUUGCACGGAAGUUAAAAUCGACGAAAUUCUUUAUGUAGCACUUGAUUUUGAAGGAUUAGCAAGUAUUGAAAGAUCGCCACAAGAAGAAACAUUUUUACAGCUUUUGAAUGCAGCACUUUCAAACCUUGUAAUUUUUAAAAGUAAUUUUACAGUUAGCAGAGAUAUUUCUUCCAUGUUCCAACGUUUUCAAGAUGCGAAAAAAAAAU